UGGCACCAACGCGAUCGUAAAUGUGUGUGUGUGUCCGUGUGCGAGUCAAGUUUUGACGUCGCACUCCGCACGCACACGUACACGCGCACACGUCGUCGUGGUUGGUCGCGUCGGACCGCGCGCGUUCCUCCGGUUUAAGGGGCCUUUUUUCGUCGCAUUUUUCGUGCCCUCGAUCGCUCAGUCUCGUUCGCGACUCGCUUUCGAUAGCAGAUCGUUUGUGCGCGCGCACGCGACGCUGGGAGAGAGCGAGAGAGCGUGAAAACGAACUUUCAGCGACAAACAUGGCGUUGUUACCACUGAGUUUGGCGCCAAAGACCAUCAAGUAUUUGAUGUUCGCUUUUAACUUUCUAUUCGUGAUUACAGGAAUGGUGAUGCUGUCAAUAGGCUUGUUAAUUCUCGGAGCGUUUCACCAGUACCAGCACUUCCUCGACAACAGUUUCUUCUCGGUGCCUUCUCUCCUCGUAGCCGUGGGCACCAUUAUCUUUAUCAUCGCUUUCUUCGGAUGCUGCGGAGCCGGUCGCGAAAGCCAUUGCAUGAUUGUAACGUUCUGCACGCUCUUAAUUGGAGUCUUCAUUCUGGAGAUCAUCGGCGGCACGAUGGGAUACGUGAUGAGAGCGAGAGUUACGUCGGUCGCCCAGCAAAAGAUGCUCGACACGAUGACCAAGUAUAAUUCCAGCGAGGAGAUCCAGAUAGUCUGGGAUAAUUUGCAACGAAAAUUCGAUUGCUGCGGCACUGUCAACGCCACCGAUUGGAUAAUUAAGCAGUAUCGCGGCAUUCCGAUGUCGUGUUGCGAUGAUGUCGUAGGCGCUAUCGGCGAUAUGAACUGCACGUUAAGUUCACCCAGUCUCCACAGCGAGGGCUGCAUGGACGCGUUCGCGCACUUCGCGAAGAAGCACGCGGGCAAAAUAGCGGGAGUCGGAAUGGGCCUUGGCGUAAUUCAGUUGAUAGGGAUCUUCCUGUCAGCCUACUUAGCGAGGUCAAUCAAGAAUUGUUAUCAGACCAUGUAGGCGUCCGUUAAAAACGUCGAACGCACAGGAACUGAACGUCGUGCUUGAACUCAGCAGGAUUCCCAUUAGAAUAUGAGUCUGUGCGCGUCCGAUGCAAAUAUUCCGUUUGUCAUCACAAGAGUGAUAAACUUCUGAUUUUGCUUCGCACGGCCCUUACAUGAAAGGCAAUGAGUGGGUGAUGUAUGUUUUUAAUAAAAUCUACGCUGAGAAA